AUGCCAUGCAUGUUACCGGCCUGCUCGUGCGCCGUCGUGGUCAUGCACGCCUGCCACUCUGCUGCGGAUGCGCGCGGCCGGGCGGGCGAGCGGCUCAUCAGGCCGGCCGCCGUCUGGCUGGCCGGGGGUUCUGGCCGCCCCCAGCGCCGAGCUGCCGUUAAUCCAUUCUACGGCGCCUGCGCCUGCGACUCUGCGAGGCUGCAAGUCCUGCGACGCUGGGCGGCUCCGCGGCUGGGCGCCUGGGCGCGAUUCGGCGUCUGUGAGUCUGGGACUCCGGCCUCCGGGCACGGCUGCUGCCUGCGCCCUGCUGCGGACUGCGGUGCUCGGCGCCGUCCACGCCUCUGCGCGGCUGGCGGACGGCCGACUGCGGACCUCCGACUCCGACUCUCCGAGGCUACGACAGUGGGCGCGACCGCGCUAUCCGGGAGCCCCAGCUGCGGACGGGUCACGGGCGCCGGGCGGACGGCGGUCGACGGACCUGCGGGCUGCGAUUUGAAGAACUAUUUUACAAGUUUGAGUGGUGGCUCCUCGAGCUCCAACCACCCAAGCACCCAUGAAAGUCGUAAUGCCGCCGAUUCCAUAGUCGGAGAAGUUGAAGGCCAUGCUACCAUUGAAGCCGUAGUAUCUAAUAUAGCUCAAGUUGAGAUUGGUGUUGAUGAUGCACAACCACAAGCACAACAAGAAGAAAAUGAACAAGAAGGUAUUGAUCUUAUUGUAGAAUUUAACCCGCUUGUUCAUGUUGUUGCUGAUCCGGCUCUUAGAAUACCAAUUGAGGGAUUUCAUCCUAAUAUUAAAUCUGAGGUUAGGAGAGCUUAUUUAUUGCGAGGCCCCACCCAACCUAUAGGUCAUAAUUUUCCUCGCAAGCGUGUUGGAAAGGAUUGGAGACUCUUUCAACCGAAAUGGUUUAAGGACUAUGAUUGGUUGGAGUAUAGUGUGUCAAAGGAUGCCGCAUUUUGUUUCUAUUGCUUUCUUUUUAGGCAAGAAGCUGAGCAUGAAAAAUUUGGUCAUGUGGUUUUCACAAAGACAGGGUAUGAUGAUUGGAAGCAUACAUAUAGAGGGUUACCUGGUCAUGUUGGUGGAGUUUCAGGUUGCCACAAUAAAACAAGGUUAUGUACCGAGGAUUUUAAGAAUCAAAGGGCGAGUAUCUCCCAUAAGAUUGAUUCUAACUCUAAAGAUGCAGAAAUGCUAUAUGAAGUUCGUUUGACUGCUGCUUUAGAUGUUGCAAGUUAUCUCAUUUCGCAAGGUCACGCAUUCCGUAGACAUGAUGAAUCUGCCUCUUCCUUAAACAAAGGUAAUUUCUUAGAGAUGAUUGAUUGGUACAAAAAACGCAAUGAGGAGGUAAGGGUUGCAUUUGAUGAGUUGUGUCCAAAAACUGCCCGCAUGACUUCUCAUAAGAUUCAAAAGGACCUUACACAAAGUUGUGCAGAAGAGAUCACUGAAGUGAUAAAGGAAGAGAUUGGGGAUAGUCUUUUCUCCAUUCUAAUUGAUGAAUCUCGUGAUAUCUCAAUAGCAGAGCAAAUGGCUGUACUUGUGAGGUUUGUGAACAAAAAAGGAAUGGUUGUGGAAAGGUUUCUAGGUCUUAAACAUGUUGAAGAUACAACCUCAAAUGCAUUAAAGAAAGCUUUGACUGAGGUUCUUGCUGACCAUGGUUUAUCUAUUGCUAAACUAAGAGGGCAGGGAUAUGAUGGAGCUUCAAACAUGAGAGGUGAAUUCAAUGGUUUGCAAAAACAAAUUCGUGAUGAGAACCCUUAUGCUUUUUAUGUUCAUUGCUUUGCUCACCAAUUACAGUUGGUCAUUAUUUCUGUUGCAACUUAUUGCUCAUCUUUUGAUGAUUUCUUCAACUAUGUGAAUUUGAUUGUGACAAGUACUAGUGCAUCUUGCAAGAGAAAGGAUAAGUUACUUGCAAAGCAUCGUGAAACCAUUUUGGCAAAGUUGGAGAGUGGUGAGAUUUUUAAAGGAAGGGGGAAGCACCAAAGUACAAACUUGACUAGACCUAGAGAUACAAGAUGGGGCUCUCAUUUUACAACAUUAGUUCGUAUUGAGUUAAUGUGGGAUUCCGUGGUCAAGGUAUUGGCCAUGAUUCAUGAGGACGAACGUAAUCCUGGUCGAGCAGGUGGUUUGGUGCGCAAAAUGGAGAGCUUUUCCUUUGUUUUAAACAUGAAGUUGAUGUUGAAAGUGUUUCGUAUUACACAUGAUUUAUCUCUCCUGAUGCAAAGAAAAGAUCAAAAUAUUGUUCAAGCCAUGUCAUUGCUUAUUGAUGUGAAAGCACGUUUGAUCACCUUCAGAAAUGAAGGUUGGGAGCCAUUAUUGGAAGAAGUCGAAUCAUUUUGUGUUGCAAAAUAUAUUCCAAUACCAAAUAUGGAUGAAGCAAUACCAAGAUGGGGUCGAUCAAGGCUUGAUGGGAACUUAAUCACUCAAGAACAUCAUUACCGUGUUGAUACAUUUUUUACUGCACUUGAUGCUAUUAUCACAGAGAUGGAUCAUCGCUUUAAUGAGGUAUCAUCGGAGUUGCUUGUUUGUUUUUCUUGUCUUGAUCCAAGAAAUUCCUUCUCUAAGUUUGAUGUUGGUAAGAUUGCUCGACUAACGGAGAUCUAUGAUGAAGAUUUCACAAUUGUUGAUCGUUCUCUUAUAAAAGAUCAACUUGAGACCUUCAUUAUACAUGUGAGAAGAAUUGAUGAUUUCACUGCUUGUCAUGAUCUUGGAAGUUUAGCCGUGAAGAUGGUUGAAACUGAAAAGCAUAUUGCUUUUCCAUUGGUCUAUCGCCUCAUUGAGUUAGCAUUGAUCCUACCAGUGGCAACGGCAUCCGUUGAAAGAGCAUUCUCGGCUAUGCACUUAAUCAAGACAGAUUUGCGCAAUAAGAUGUCCGAUGAUUGGCUCAAUUACUUGCUGGUGUGCUACAUUGAGAAGGAGAUUUUUAAAGGACUUGAUUGUGAUAAAAUUAAGAAGAGGUUUCAAGUCAUGAAAGACCGCAAAAUGGACUUGCCGAGGAAACCUAAAGGAUCUAGAAGUGCUUAG